AUGGACCGGCUUUGGCAAUACCACAGUCCAGACCGCUACUCCUGGGGCCAUUUCGGGGAAGACGAGGACGUGAGCCCCAGCAACAGCGACGAGGACGUGGCGGGGGCUGCCCAAGACUGGAAUGAGCUUGGAGCAGACAGUGCGGCGAGUGACAGUGGUGACCUUGACCCUGAACUUGGGGCUAGAGACGCCCUCCCUGAGUGGUGGGAGCAUUGUGGAGAUGGCAGCACUAGGAGAGGCAGGAACAGAGAGAGAGCGGACACCCGUGCCAAGAGAGGAAGCGAGCCUGUGCCUGCCUGCUUUGGAAGUGUUUCCCUGCCUGUUGAGUGCCCUGUUGAGUGCCUGUCGUGCCCUGGGAGGCUUCUGGUGAAGCAACUUGUUAAUACGUGCAUCCAGGUGAGCCAGCGGGAGGUGGCAGCGGUGGAGGAGUGGCUGGCAUCCAGGAAGAUGUUCCACGUGAUGAGGGACCAUCCCUCCCAUAAUGUGCCUGUGCUUGGCGGGAUGUGGGACGCCCGCUGGGACAUCAAUCCUGCAUUAGCCACCAAGUUAAGAAAACUCAGGAAGAUGAUGGCAAUGGCCGUUAAUAAGAGGAGCUACGGUCUCGAUCAACAAAUCAUCAAGAAAGUCCUGUGGCCGACGAUGACUGGCAGUUUGGUGGCACAUGACAACUACAACUGCAAAUCAUUUAAGGGAUCUUCUCCGUGGCCCUCGCAGCGAUCGGAAGGAGAUUUUGUUGGAAGACCAAGGUACCGUAAGAGGUAUAAUAAAACUUUACACAAACCAUGUCCAGUGGCGUGCCGUCCCCCUGCCCAUCAAGACUGGAUAUAUUGCUGACACCGCCUCCCUCCUACUCCUGGAAGAGAUUCCUAGUAUUGUUUGCAUUACUUGUAUUGCUGUGAUAAAGCUUAUAUUGUAUCUUGAUAUGUGCACGAGAGAGAGAGAGAGAGAGAGAGAGAGAGAGAGAGAGAGAGAGAGAGAGAGAGAGAGAGAGAGAGAGAGAGAGAGAGAGAGAGAGAUUCAAAAGAAAUAAUGAAUAAUGAAUAAAGAGUGCUAAAUAUGAAUGGAGUAGGAUGUAUGGAAAGAAGUGGAGGAGGGAAGCCAACUCCUCUGCACAUAUUAGAGGUGUAUCUCUUACCUAUAUGAUUUUCCUCUUGCCCGUCACUACACUCUCCAGGAUAUACGAUAUACAUUUUGAUCUAUGUUGUGAACUAUUAUGAUACUGAAGUAAAAGAGUUACUUUAAACGAUCUAGUGGUUGUUUGCUGCGAGGCCUGAGAGAGACAGUGCUACCUUAUUAUUUCUUCGUGUUCUAAGUCAUAAAGAUGAAUUAGUAUCUCUUUGGAUAGGCUGAUUGAAAUAUAUUAAAAAAGAACACAUGUACAAUAAAUGCAUCGAAGCUUAAAUUAUAUAUAUAUAUAUAUAUAUAUAUAUAUAUAUAUAUAUAUAUAUAUAUAUAUAUAUAUAUAUAUAUAUAUAUAUAUAUAUAUAUAUAUAUAUAUAUAUAUAUAUAUAUAUAUAUAUAUAUAUAAACACUGAAUUGCGAUUGAACGAGCACGAUAGAGAUGGUGAUGAGUGGCUGGCGGUGAAAGAGAGGCCGUUGACUGUCUCGCGUCUGGAAAGAAUCUUGCAGGUUGUGCAUUUUUCAUUUCUUGUAGCUCUCUCUCUCUCUCUCUCUCUCUCUCUCUCUCUCUCUCUCUCUCUCUCUCUCUCUCUCUCUCUCUCUCUCUCACUCCUACAUUCAGGUAACAUUUCGAUUAUUACACAACUGGAGUGUUCUUAGUCAUUUAUAUUCAGAUUGAAUAACUAUUCACACUUAGGCAGCGGUACUACCCAGCCAGGGAAUCAAGGCAAAACUAACCAGGUAGUUCAUUAAUUAGAAGUGCGUUCGAGCGGUCGCAUGAAGCACUUGAUAAACUUCAUAUUCUUGUACCCUCCAUUCACACUUUGUAGAUUUUUUUUUGUGUGAAAUUUUUUUUUAAAUUAGUACACUGAAAAGAGACACUACAGUGUUCUUGAAGAGAUAAGAAGGGCAUUAAGUCAUAGACAUUUUAUGAAUCAUUGAAGAAAACUUGAUACUUUCAGAAUCAUUUGUCAAUAGUCAGUUACAUGCUUCGCUUUGCUACUACGCUAGUUUCCUUUUUCGCUACGUUCCUUCCAGCUUUCAGUCCUUUUUUUGGUUACGAGAGAGGAAGGAUGUGGUCUCGCUGCACUGUUCUUUUUUUUUUCUUUUUUCUUUUUUUGACAGCUUUUCAUAAUUUCCCGUCUGCUCUGGGCAUGCGUUCUGUAGAGGUAUUGUGUAUUCUAUGUAUACAUCUUAAGUUGUGAAAUGUGUAGUGAGGUUUUUUUUCUUUUUUUUUUCAUUUCUAGGUAAUUAAAAAGGCAUAGUUAACCUGGAUUGGCACGUAGGUAAUUAGGUAUAUACGCCGUCUUCGUUUUUAUGCUAGCACCUGUUCAUGUGUUUACCUGCUUGUCUGAUUAGUCUCUUGUAUGGAGAAAUAAAGUUCUGGUUUAUUUA